CGAGGAGGUAGAGGAAGGGAAUAGAAUCCAGGACCAGAUGGAAUCAGCAUCCCGCAUCCAAACACAAGCGGUGGUUAAUCAACGUAAUGCGUAAGCUAAAGAUUGCUACUUGGAAUGUGAGGGGUAUGGAAGACACCAUGGACAGGGGCAAGCGGGGGAGGAUAACAUCGUGGGUGCACGAUCAAAGGGUAAAUGUCUUGUUACUACAGGAAACAAAACUGUCAGAAGAAAAGUUGGUGGAGCUUGAAAAGUGGUGGGACGGGCCCCAAGUGUGGGCUCCAGCGCAGGGGACCCGCGGUGGGGUUGGGAUAUUGAUCCACAGAGACCUCUCAGUAAAGAUUUUGGACUCAGAGGCGGACAUCUGGGGUAGGUGGGCAUGGGUGAGAUUGGAAGAGGGACGGAUGGAGUGCGCGAUAAUGUCGGUGUAUGCCCCAACAAAUCCCAAGGAGCGGGCGAGGUUUUUCCAAAACCUGAUCCCCCGCAUUCCUAAAGUGGAGAAACUCAUCAUGGCGGGCGAUUGGAACCUGUCCCUGGACACUGCCCUGGGCCAUGCCUCGUCCACAACAAACAGAGAAGACACGCAGGCGCUGCUGACAAUGAUAGAUGAAUUGAACCUUGUAGACCCAUUCCGUUCUUUGAUGCCGGAAGCGGCAGGCUACACAUGGACCUCACAUAUGAAGAAGGAAAGCAACCUGGUCACAAGACGUAGGCUUGACUACUUCUUAGUGAGUGAACAGGUGUUGGAGGGUGUAACGAAGGUCACACCUGUGAGCCAUCCCCUCUCAUACCAUAAGCCAGUCACCGCGGAGAUAAACCUGCAAUGGGGCGUCGCACGGGGGAGAGGCUUCUUCAGGCUGAAUAACCAGAACUUAGCAGACGCAGGGUUGAUGGAAUGGGUGGCCAACCAUAUGGAGAAAUGGGAGACAGCAAAGAACUUGUUCGAUUCAACAGCGGAAUGGUUUGAUGGGGGAACAACAAUAAUAUCCAGUGUCCUAGAAGUGUGCUCCAAGAUCCUGGCCAAGAAGAGAAACCAGAGGGAGGCAGAGUGCAAAAGGAGGGUUGAGGAAGCAGAGGAGAGGAUGGACGGGCACCCGAUCUCUGCAAGAGUUUGGGCAGCUGAAAGAGUGAGAAAAAUGGACGAAUGGGACAAGGUUCAGAUGGAAGACCAAGCAUGGAGGGUGGAGAUCCUGCGAGAGAAAGGGAUUGAGACGAACGACAAAAUGAACAAGGAGACAUUCCAAAGAUUGCUACCUCGGAGAGCACAGCAGCAAAUGACGGAACUUCAGCAUCCGUUCAUAGAAACAGAACCAAGAGCAGUUACUGCGCAAGGAAUGCUGAAGUAUGCAAACCUCUAUUACGAAGACAUACUUUCCCCAAGGCAACCGCAAAUUUCCGCUGAUUCGGAUUUGACUGAAGAAUCAGACUUAUGGAACUACACAAGGGUCAAAAUCUUUAAUACUGGGAGGUUGGACAUGGAGAGACCUCUCACAUUGGAGGAAGUUACUCAAACAGUCGGCUCGAUGGCAAAGGGUAAAUCACCAGGCGUGGAUGGGUUAACAGUGGAAUUCUAUCAGAAGAACUGGUCCUGUUUCGGCCAAGCACUGGUUGACGUGUAUAAUGGAGUCCUAACAGGCGGGAAACUGGGGAAGAGGAUGACACACGGGGUAAUUGCUAUGUUAUUUAAGAGCGGCGACAAAAGCGUGAUAAAGAACUGGCGGCCAAUCUCCCUUCUCAACGUGUCCUACAAAAUAUUAGCGAAGUCGCUGGCAAGAAGACUAGCGAGGUACUUACCGGACCUGGUGGAAGAAGAUCAGGGAGCAUUUGUGCAGGGGAGAUCAAUCUUCAAUAAUAUUAUCACGGCGGUUGAGGUAUUGGAGAUCGUGCAAGAGGAGAACUUGGACAUGGGGGUGCUGCUCCUAGACCUCGAGAAGGCCUACGACAAAGUGGGUUGGCCUUUCGUUCUUACCUCGCUCAGGCACAUGGGGUUCGGUGAGAACACAUGCAAGUGGGUGAAAGCGAUGUAUACGGAAGCAACAUCAGCAGUGAUGAUUAACGGUCACAUGUCAGAGGCAUUCCAUAUCACGCGGUCGCUGACACCUCUUUUAUUUGUCCUGCAAAUGGAAGUGCUUCUGAACCGAGUACGAAGUCACCCACAGAUAAGAGGACUCAGGCUAGCUAGCGGUCUGGAAUGCAGAGUAAAGGCGCUUGCAGAUGACCUCUUCAUGAUCUGCGAAAACUCUGCUCCGGCGCUAACAACACUAAGAGACGUAAUGCGAGAACAUUCAAGGCUAUCGGAGGCCUCUAUUAACUGGGGAAAGUCAUCAUAUUUCCUUCCGUCGUGCUUCCAACUCAAGGCGGAGUGGGGGAUGGCUAGGGUUGAGGAGGGGGAGAAGGAGAGGUUCCUGGGGGUGCUCAUCAGCUUACAAGUCCGCUCAACCACCCAGGGAGUGGUGCUCCAGCAGAGAAUUGCGGCUCGAUUGCACAUGUGGGGCAUAACAUGACACCUGUCGCUAAUAGGGAGGGCUCUGGUGGCAAACGCGACCCUCCUUUCUAUUCUGUGGUUUGUGUC